AUGUUCUCAAUUUUGGAUUCAGGUCGAUCAGGCUUGUUAGAAUUUUUUUUUGAAUUGAUUUCAAGAAUUGGGAAUGAUUAUGAGUUUUCUUUUAUAAUAGGAUCAGUGGAAAAGGCAAAAUACCUAAUGGUUACCUUUGCUUGGUUUGAUACCUUAUGCUCUCUUGUAUCAUUUCCACCUAGAAAAGUAUUCUCCAAUAAACGAUUGUUUUCUGCUACAGACAAUGAGGGUAAUAAUAUUAUUGAAACAAUAAGUGGAUGCCCUGGUAAAAUAUUUUCUAGGUUGGUUGAUAUCUCUAAUUUGAGGUACUGUUCCAAAAAUGGAAAAGCUGCGACUAAAUUUGAGGUAGAUAGGAUAACUAAGUCCCUAUUAAAUUAUAGGUCUUAUCUUACAUGUGCAAAAGAUAAGAGCUAUCUUUACAAAUUGAAAGCUGCUAAUUGUUGGGCUCUAGCGGGUUUAACAGUGAUAGAAAAAUUAAAACAAUUUAAGGACGACGACCUAAAACAGGAAGUGAUAACUGGGUACAUUUUUGAGUUUAUUGAUUCCUAUAAGGAUUUGGAAUUAGUUGAAUUAAAACUCCAAAUGGCGUGGCCCGUUUUCACACUCGGAUUAGAGUCAAGAAAGAUGCAUCAAAGAGUACUAUUUAAGGAAUUCUUAUCUUUCCACUAUAGUAUGUCAAAAAUGGCUAACGUUGAAGUGAUGAAUAAUAUAUUAACUCAGAGCUGGGAAACAGGUGCGUCGUUCGAGGGAAUCAUGAAAACUAAACAUUGGUCCGGAUCUGGGAUUGCCUUGAUACCCACUUAA